AUGUCUGCCUUCGCUGGUUUGGGUCAGACUGACAAAGGUCCAGAUCCGCUCAGGUUCAUGAGGGCGGACCAAGCCUCAGGAAACCUCCGGCAGCACGACGCUGAAGUGGACGCCACCCUCAAGUCUCUCAACAACCAGAUCGAGAACAUCCGCAGUCCUGAGGGGUCCAGGAAGAACCCAGCCCGGACCUGCAGAGACCUGAGGCUCUGCCACCCGGACUGGAAGAGCGGCGAGUACUGGAUCGAUCCAAACCAGGGCUGCACAGUCGAUGCCAUCAGAGUUUUCUGUAACAUGGAAACUGGAGAGUCCUGUGUUCGACCCAGACCCAGCUCUGUGCCCAGGAAGAACUGGUGGACCAGCAAGAGCAAAGAGCGGAAACACAUCUGGUUUGGAGAGACCAUGAACGGGGGACACCAGUUCUCCUACGGCGAUGAGAGCGUGGCGCCCAACACGGCGUCCAUCCAGAUAACGUUCCUGCGGCUGCUGUCCACGGAGGCCUCUCAGAACCUCACGUACCACUGUAAGAACAGCGUGGCCUACAGGGACUCAGCCGGGACCCUGCUCCAGGCCCUGGUCCUGCAGGGGUCCAACCAAGUGGAGAUCAGGCCAGAGGGCACCAGCCGCUUCUCCUACAGCGUCACGGAGGACGGCUGCACGAAGCACACGGGGCAGUGGGGGCAGACGGUGUUCCAGUACCACUCACAGAAGACGUCUCGACUGCCGCUCGUGGACAUUGCACCGAUGGAUAUAGGAGGAGCGGAGCAGGAGUUUGGAAUCAGCCUGGGCCCAGAGGAGACCAGGACACAGAGGGAGGAGACCAGGAGGAGACCAGGACACAGAGGGAGGAGACCAGGAGGAGACCAGAACACAGAGGGAGGAGACCAGGACACAGAGGGAGGAGACCAGGAGGAGACCAGGAGGAGACCAGGACACAGAGGGAGGAGACCAGGAGGAGACCAGAACACAGAGGGAGGAGACCAGGAGGAGACCAGAACACAGAGGGAGGAGACCAGGAGGAGACCAGGAGGAGACCAGAACACAGAGGGAGGAGACCAGGAGGAGACCAGAACACAGAGGGAGGAGACCAGGAGGAGACCAGGAGGAGACCAGGACACAGAGGGAGGAGACCAGGAGGAGACCAGGAGGAGACCAGAACACAGAGGGAGGAGACCAGGAGGAGACCUGGACACAGAGGGAGGAGACCAGGAGGAGACCAGGACACAGAGGGAGGAGACCAGGAGGAGACCAGGAGGAGACCAGAACACAGAGGGAGGAGACCAGGAGGAGACCAGGAGGAGACCAGGACACAGAGGGAGGAGACCAGGAGGAGACCAGGACACAGAGGGAGGAGACCAGGAGGAGACCAGGACACAGAGGGAGGAGACCAGGAGGAGACCCAGGACACAGAGGGAGGAGACCAGGACACAGAGGGAGGAGACCAGGAGGAGACCAGGACACAGAGGGAGGAGACCAGGAGGAGACCAGGACACAGAGGGAGGAGACCAGGAGGAGACCAGAACACAGAGGGAGGAGACCAGGAGGAGACCAGGACACCGAGGGAGGAGACCAGGAGGAGACCAGGACACAGAGGGAGGAGACCAGGAGGAGACCAGGACACAGAGGGAGGAGACCAGGAGGAGACCAGGAGGAGACCAGGAGGAGACCCAGGACACAGAGGGAGGAGACCAGGAGGAGACCAGGACAUAG